UGGGUGAUUACCCGGGAUGCCGACUGGUCUUUUGAAGGCACUAAAGUUGCGCAUACGAUUGAGGAUGCCUUGAAUCAGGCUGUAGCAGAUGUAAAAGCCUCGGAAAAUCCGAAGUCCAUUUAUAUUAUUGGCGGCGGCGAAAUAUUUAAACAGACCCUGGAUAUCGCUGAUCGUCUGGAACUCACCCAUGUCGAACUGGAUGUAAAAGGUCAUGCCUAUUACCCGGAGAUUCCGGCCGAGUUUGAAAAAGUUGCAUCAGAACAACAUAUUGAUGACAAAACCGGUAUUGCAUUUGAGUUCGCAACAUACAGAAAAUAA